CGAUGACAAUUUCGGACUCUGAUGAGCGCUGUCCUCGAAAUCUCCUUGUGAACCCACGGAGGCUGGAACUUGCAAGGCGCCGCUGGAAGCAACGCCCUGUAGGGGGAGCUAGGUAGCUGGGGUGCAGCUGGCAAACUCCUCGCGUCCUCCUGCCCGUACCACCAACGUCCUCUGACCCGCUCUAAUCAUGGCGGUCUCGCUGACGCAGCGGCUGGUGGUCCCCUCCACUGGGGCAGCAUUGAGUCCUUAUGCGGCCAGCUCAAGCGGCGAUAGGGUCCGAUCAAAGCGGUCGCAUAGGCACCCGGCAGCUGGCAUGUCACAUCCUAUCAACCUGUCUUCACCCCACCAUAAAAUUGGGCCCAGCGGCCCGUCUCGAAACUCUGCGCGUUCUCUAGCAGCUCUCAGAGAAAGUCAACACGUUUGCUUGCAAGCGCAUGGCUUCUUUGGAAGCAAGCUGCCCCUCUCCGCUGACUCGCCAGAAAGUGGCACAACAACAAAGUUUAGAAACAUCAGAAUGUCAGCAGCGGGGGGCUCCGGCCGGCCCCACAGCCCAAUUGACCCCGUGGAAAGCCCUCGCACUCAGCCUGCGGACAACUUAAGUGAUGCGCUUGGGAGAAUUGUGGGUCACCCGAGCGGGUCACUAGUGGGCGCGUUGGCCGUGGCGGCCUGGAAAGGCAUCACAAAGAACACGGCUGAGACGGUGGAGCUAUUUCGAGAUCUGCCGCCAUCAGAUUUGACUGACACAGUGGCGCCGGAGGCCCUGGCGGACCCUGACAGCAAGUUUGUGGAUGUGGGCAAAGUGAGAGUGCACUACAAGGAGUACACAAAACAGGGCCUCUCGCCAACAGAGGCGCAGCGGUUACCUACUAUCCUGCUCCUUCAUGGAUUCGCGGGCAGUACCUGGUCAUUCCGUAAAGUGAUGGCGGACAUGGCUGAGGCUCUAGACGGCCACCGGGUCAUCGCCUUUGACCGGCCCCCGUUCGGCCUGACUAGCAGGCCUUUGGACGUCCAGCCGGGCGCUCCGGACAACCCGUACACGGCGGAGGGGGCUGCUCGGCUGAUGCUGGCUCUGAUGGACACGUUGAAAAUCGACAAGGCCGUCGCCAUGGGGCACUCAGCGGGUGCGCCCAUUGUGCUUGACGCCGCCCUUCUGGCCCCCGAGCGUAUAACGGCGCUCGGCCUCCUUGCACCGGCCGUGUUCGUGGACAAGUCGGCACUCUCCCGAGGAGGGCUGUACGCGCAGCUCCGGUUGUUGUACACUCGCGCCCUGCUCAGCACUCCCGGCGUGGGCCUGAAUUACAUUCGUCAGAUGUACCGAAAGCGGCGGGCGGAAGUAAACAAAGGCGCAAUGACGUAUGCUGAUGCCGACAAGGUCACGAACGAGGACAUCGAGGGUUACCUGAAGCCCAUGAUGGCUCACGACUGGGACCGCGCGUCGCUCCUCCAGUUCCAGAGCUUCGGCUUCGAGCCUGUGGGCGACCGCAUCAAAGACCUCAAAGUGCCCGUGCUGAUUCUGCAAGGCGACUUGGACAAGGCCGUCCCCGUGCAGGCCGCCCGCUCGCUUGCCGCCGUUCUCCGUGACGUCACGGAGACGUCAUACGUGGAACUAAAUAACUGCGGACAUCAGCCAAUGGAGGAGUUUCCCGAGGUCUUCGUUGAGAAGGUCACCGACUUUCUGCAAUCGCUCCCCGACAAAGUGCCAGCUGCGCGCGCCACCCCAAGAAGGGACAUUGAUCUCGAGACGCGAGUGCCGGUCCUUGGACCGGACGUGACGUCAGUCGAGGCUGCGCCUACGUCACUGUAAAGCAGCACCUACACUCAUUCAUUUGUACAUUCUUUGUAAAGAAGCUUCCGAGUCGACGCCCCGACUCGGCUGUGAUAUAGCUGCCGGCCGCAAUACCGCUUUGCAUAAGCUUGCAAAAACGCCACGGAACGAGAUCAGGCUUGGGCAUAGAUUUACAUACACGUUGCAGAACGCAAUCUGGUUGAACACUUCGCUUGAAAUGAAGCACUAAAGUAACGUCUUGGAGCACGGUUUGUAGAGCCUGUGUAAGACUUGCCUCUGCAUGGAUUGGACCAAUUCAGGAAGUUGAUUUCGUGCGUGGUUGGACAGGCAGGCCGGCCGCUUGCAGUGACCCGCUGUGAGCGAGGUGCUCUGGCCGUUGCUCGCGGGUCACUGCAUGUGUGAAGCGGUGUCCGUCAAGAUUCGCAGAGGAACAAGCAAGUCGGAAAUGCUUAUUCGUCACCCAGGG